AUGCUUCUGAAACUUAAAUAAGACAUUGAAUCUUUGUUAGAUAAUGUACAAGCUUUCAAAAAAGAAUCUAAACCAAUCUAUCCAAAUUUAAAGGAUAAACUAGAUGUAUUAUAAUUGUUUAAUGUAAAUUUAGGAAAAAAUUAAUCUCAUAAAACAGCAAUUUAAUAAUGUAGAUGAAAAGAUCAUUAAUAACUAUUGCAAUAAAAUUCAUGAGGUAAUUUCUAUUUAAACUUAUAGCUCAAAUAAAUAAAUAAAAUAAUGUAGGAUCUUAAGUUAAUAUUAGACAUAUCAAUUAUUUCAGGAUCUUCUAUAUUAAAGAAAAGUCAUUUGUUGAUUUAAUAAGAAUGCAAAGAGUAUUUUAUAAUAUAAUUAUAAUAGGAAUAUUGCUACUUUACAAAAUAAAAUAAUUCUUAAACUUAAUUAACUUACAGAACUUAAAGAAAUAAAUGAUGUAACAAACAAUACUGAAAGUGAGUUUGAAGGAAUUUGCAUUUUUAGAUUACAUUAAAUUUAUCAUAAUGAAGUGGAAAAUCUGUAAUAUUAGUUUUAAUAAUUAAAAUCAUAUAAUAAUGAAAGAUUUAAUAGAUUAUAAUAAUCAUUCUCUGAUAUCAUAAAUGAUUCCAAAUUUAUUAAAAUAUAAGAAUAAAUAUCAUCAUUUUAAGAAAUUGCCAAUCUAAUAGAUUAACUUAGAGAUAAACUCUUUGAAAUAAUUAAAUCUAAGAAUGAUUCAAUUCCUAUUAUGGAUAGUAAAUAAAUAAUAUAUAUAUAUAUAUUUAGGAACCAAAUCUUUAUAAAUUCUAUCCUCUGUGUCUUAAGAUUUUAUUGAAGAUGAGGAUCAUUAUGAAAUUACAAAAGGAAAAUAUCAAAAUAAAAUGAAAUAAGAAGAAAUAAAGAAUAAAAGAAAAGAGAGUUCAUCAGAAACUUGUAUAAAUUGUUUAAUAUUUUGA